AUGGCUGGUGUCGGCGAGGCGCCGUCCGCCGACAGCUUUGAGCAUGGCGUCCAGAUUAUUGACGGCGACAAGGAGUUCAACGCCAACAUGAACGAGUACCUGCAAGUGGAACGUGUCGCGGAAGCCGGCUUCAACUACCACAUCAUCUCCGUCUUCGGCUCCCAAUCGACCGGCAAAUCGACGCUGCUCAACAACUUGUUUGGUACCGAAUUCUCCGUCAUGUCGGAGACGGCGCGCCAGCAGACGACCAAGGGUAUCUGGAUGUCCAAGAACAAGCGCACCGAGAGCGCGGGCACGAAGAUGGCGGACAACAUCCUGGUGAUGGAUGUCGAGGGUACCGACGGCCGCGAGCGUGGCGAGGACCAGGAUUUUGAGAGGAAGAGCGCGCUCUUUGCGCUCGCGACGAGCGAGGUCCUGCUGGUGAACAUUUGGGAGCACCAGGUCGGGUUGUACCAGGGCGCCAACAUGGGACUGCUCAAGACCGUGUUCGAGGUCAACCUGCAGCUGUUCCUCAAGGACAAGAAGUCGACGCCUCGAUCACUGCUCUUCUUCGUGAUCCGCGACCACCUCGGUACCACACCGCUGGCCAAUCUGAGAAACACGCUGAUCCAGGACCUUACGAAAAUAUGGAGCUCCAUCUCGAAGCCCCAAGGCCUCGAAAACUCCAGGAUCGAGGAUUACUUUGACUUUGGCUUCGCGGCACUGCCCCACAAGAUUCUCCAGGGAGAUAAAUUCGUUAGCGAGGUGGCCACGUUGGGCUCGCGGUUCACCACGGGCCACCGUGGCAAGUCUGGCAACAAGGAUGACGACGAACUCCAAGGCGGCGUGUUCUUGCCCGAGUACCAUCGCCGAAUUCCCGCUGACGGUUUCUCCAUGUACGCCGAAGGUAUCUGGGAUCAGAUUGUGAACAACAAGGAUCUCGAUCUCCCUACGCAACAGGAACUGCUGGCGCAAUUCCGGUGCGACGAAAUCGCGCGUGAGGUGCUCAUCUCAUUCGACGUUGUCAUCACGCCACUUGAGGAGAAACAGGCCGAAGCGACAAGGUUUGGCAAACCCACGGUCCUGCCCGAUCUCGGUGCGACCGGCAGCAAGGCACGCACCGAGGUGCUCAAGUCGUUCGAGUCGCAGGCGAGUCGGUACCACAAGGGCGUGUUCACGCGCAAAAGACAAGAGUUGGAGAGCAAGGUCGACACGCGCAUGAAGGCGCUGUACCAGGGCCAGCUCUCCGCGGCGCACAAGGCGGGCGUCGUGGCGUUCAGCGAGGCGGUGAGCAACAAGGUCAAGGCCGGGCAAAAGGCCGGCGGGGGCUACGAGUUUGCCGAGAUUGUAGCUAGCGAGAAGAAGAAGACGCUGGACAUUUUCAAGGUCGAGGCGCAGAGCCUAGCUAUGCAGGGCGUGCCGUGGACCAACUUCAAGACGCAGUACAUGUUGUUUGAGCAGGAGCUGGACGAGGUCAGCGGCAAGCUGCGAAAGGAGGAAAUGCGCCGCUUGGCCACGCGCGUCGAACGGUGGGUCAAGUCUCGUCUCGGCGAGGCGAUUGGCCUCGAGUUCAACAAGCUUGGCUCCGGUAGGGCUGGGACCGGCGCACCCGAGGAGGGCGAGAGGCCGGCGACGGAGAAGGACCUGUGGGACCGCAUCUGGCAGGUCUUCACGGGCAUCGUCAAGGAGGCCGAGGUCCGUUUCGCCGAACGUGCCAAGAGCUUCGAUGCCAGUGACGAAGAGGUCGAUGUAGGCAUGUGGCGCUUGAGGCGCAAGAGUUGGGUCGCCCUGCGCGAGAAGGUGGAUGAAGAAGUCAUGGAGGGCAAUAUCCUGAUGAAGCUGCGGGAGAACUUUGAGGAUAAAUUCCGCUACGACGAAGCUGGCGUGCCCAGGAUAUGGCGCCCCACCGACGACAUUGAGGGCAUCUACACAAAAGCAAGAGAGUCGACGCUCAAGCUGAUCCCUCUGCUAUCAAGAUUCAGACUCGCAUCGACCUAUGCGCCGCCCGAUCUGGUCAGCUUCAUUGGGACCCAGCCAGGCGGCGUGGAGGCUGGCGACGAGGAGGAUCUGCCCCCGAUCGGCGGCGUCGAUGAAGACGAGGGCAAGAGUCUCGAGGAGGAGACGACGGUGCUCAGCGAGAGCAAGCGACAGGACCUCGUUGUCCGCUUCAAGAAGACAGCCGACGGCGUCUUUGUCGAGGCCAAGCGCGGUGCGCUCGGUGGCGUCACGCAAGUACCGUGGUAUUUCUAUGGCCUGCUGCUCGCGCUUGGAUGGAACGAAUUGUUUGCGGUCCUCAAGAACCCCUUCCUCUUCUUGCUACUCAUUCUCAUGAUUGGUGGCCUGUACGUCUCGUACUCUCUCAAUCUGCUCGGACCCAUGAUGCACAUGGGCAAUGCGGCUUUCACCCAGGGGCUCGACAUUGGCAAGGAGCGUCUGCGCGAGUUCAUCAUGAACCAGGAGAUGGCCCGCCAGGCCGUCGGCGUGCCAGCCAAGAGCGGCAACAGCACCGAGGACAUUGGCAUGGAUGAUCUGGACACAAAGGGCAAGAAGAAGGUUGACGACUCGGCACAUGGCGAUGACGACAUUUGA